AUGGUCGCAAUCGAAGCUAUACGGAAAACGAACGCUGACAAUUUCACAAACCGCCCAUUCGUCGCUGUCUUCGUAGGCGGCACGCAGGGUAUUGGCAGAUAUGCAGUCGAAGCGUUCGCAGGCCUCUACUCCACGCAGCCAGAAACCUCCCUGCGAGUCUACGUCGUAGGCCGACGAAAAUCCUCCGCAGACGAAGUCCUCAACUCCUGCCGUGCGCGCUGUCCUCAUGGUGAAUUCACUUUCGUCCAAGCGGCGAAUCUCGCCUUGAUCGAAGACGUCGAUGCCGUAACGACCACAAUUUCUCAACUCGAAAACGAGAAACCUCACCCACGCAUCGACCUCCUCGUCCAAACCCAAGCACAAAUCCUCUUCGGAGCCCGCAAGGAAACCAAAGAGGGAUUAGAUCAACUGCUGUCCCUGGUCUACUACUCGCGGAUCCGAUUCAUCGCACGCCUCCUGCCACUUCUCGAGGCAUCCACGCACGGCGCUCGGGUGAUCUCCAUCGACGCAGCGGGCAUGGAGGCGAAUCUCUUCCGCGAGGACCUUUCGCUGCGGGCUCCAAGCCAUUAUAGCUACCGUAACGUCAAGUCUCAUGGCGCGUAUAUGACGACGAUGGCGUUUGAGCAUCUUGCCUCGCAGCAUGAGAGUGUAGCGUUCGUGUACAUGUCCCCUGGGAUGGUGUUUGGGCCUUCGUAUCGAGAUCCUACGCUGCCAUGGUGGUUUAAGAUGUGCUUGGGCGUUUUGGAGCUGCUGUUGCGUUGGUGGGUGGCGAUACCGCCGGAAGAAUCUGGGCAGAGGACGUUGUUUCUUGCAGGUCGUGCGUUUCCGCCGGCUGGAUCGAAGAAUAAUUCUGUCCAGCGGGCCAAAGGGACGGAUGGGGCUACGGGAAGUGGUUGCUACGCUGUUGGGUCGAGUUGCGAUGUUGUGGAGGAGAAGAAACAUGGAGCUCUUUAUCCAAAACUCAGGAACGAGGGGUUUCAGCAGGAGGUCUGGGCCCAUACGAUGAAGGCGUUCGAGGACAUCGAGGUCGGCCAGAGGUUCAUAGGUUGA